UGUUACAUUAGCAAGAGGGCGCUGAUCUUGGUUUUGAAGUUCAAGCAAGCAUUUUUAUAUUAUUUGAUAUAAUGUUUGAAUUUAAAUAAAAUAAAAAAAAUACUUAAUGUUAAUUAAGAUUGACAAUAAAAAGGCAUCUAUGAUAUAAUCUUUUCUAAAACUGUUAUUUGUCACUGUCAUUCGGCUGUAAGUGUCGCAACAAUAUGUCAACUUGUAAAUGUCCAUGUAUUUAAACUGAGUUUUUGUUAAAUUGAAAUUAAUUGAAUUAAAAGGACAAUAAUACAUUUACAACAAUAUAGGUAUAUGUAAGGAUACAAGAAGGAAUAUGUUAGGACAAAAGAUGAUAUAUGUUUAAAAAUACAUAAACUUAUAAGUGAACUUUUAAUUUACUGUUGUGAACAUUUAUUUUAUCAAAAAUAUAUAAAAUGUUGCGACGUAAACUUAUAAAUUCUAUUGAUUUAAUCAAUGGAAUAAGAAAUAUACAAAGAUUGACUUCGGGUCGUUUGCUAACCUGUAAACUAAAACAUACCCUUAUUGCAAAGAAAAGUGAAAUUAAUAUUGAAAAAGAGAUUAAAAAAUUGCAAGAUAUCAACUCCUUCACAUACAGAACUCAUACGUGCGGUGAGCUACGUCCAAUACAUAAUGGAGAAAGUGUAACACUUUGUGGUUGGGUACAAUAUCAACGAAUGUCUAAAUUUCUACUACUACGCGACUCCUAUGGUGUAGUGCAGUGUAUAGUUAACAAUAAUCAAAUUAACUUCAAUGAUAUACCUCUAGAAUCUAUAGUUAAAAUAAAUGGUACUGUUUCUUUAAGACCCACUAAUAUGAUAAAUAGUAAAAUGAGUACUGGUGAAAUAGAGGUCCUCAUAGAUAAGUUAGAAGUAUUAAAUGUAGCUGAUAAAGUACCGUUUAAUUUAAGAGACCACCAAAAACCUAAAGAACAACUUAGAAUGCAGCAUCGUUACUUAGACAUAAGAUUUCCUGACAUGCAAAAGAAACUACGGACAAGGUCUUCAAUGUUGCAUAAUAUGAGGAAAUUUCUUAUUGAGACUAAUGGCUUUGUAGAAGUUGAAACACCAACACUGUUCUGUCGGACUCCAGGUGGGGCUAGAGAAUUUGUUGUUCCCACCCACUAUCCAGGAUUAUUUUAUUCUUUAGUUCAAAGUCCACAACAGUUCAAACAAAUGUUGAUGGCCGGUGGUGUUGAUAGGUACUUCCAAGUUGCUAGAUGUUAUAGAGACGAAACAACAAGGCCAGACAGACAACCUGAGUUUACACAGCUUGAUAUAGAAAUGUCCUUUUCAAAUUUAGAUCACAUUAUUACAAUGAUUGAGCAGUUACUUUAUAAAACAUUUACAAAACAACUACCAAAUCCACCUUUUAAAAGAAUUACAUAUGCAAAAGCUAUAGAAAACUAUGGUACUGAUAAGCCGGACAUAAGUUAUGAUUUAAGAUUUAAAAAUGUAUCACACUUAUUCAGUACCGAUGAUGAAACAACACUAAGUGCUUUUGUUUUACCAUAUCCUGCUGAAUUAGGUAAAUUAACUGCAAAAUACAAGGAUAAAAUUAAAGAAUUAAAACAGAAAAAUAAUGUAAGAGUUAUAUUAAAUGAAAAUGUUAGUAAAGAGCUAUCUAAUGACAUGAAAUGUCACAUCCACAGUAUUGUAGGAGAGAAAAAAGCUUUUAUUCUAGCACUGGGUGACAGAGAAAAUGUAUGUACUUGUCUCGGUGAAAUAAGACAACAAAUAGCAGUAUUAUUACAAUCUAGACAAUUAAUAGAAAUUAACAAGGAUAUAGAGCCGUUAUGGAUUGUGGAUUUCCCAUUAUUUACACAGGGUGAUAAUGGCUUGGAAACUUGUCACCAUCCUUUCACAGCACCUCAUCCUGAUGACUUACACAUGUUGGAAUCUGAGCCUUUUAAAGUUAGAUCACUUGCUUAUGAUAUUGUUAUGAAUGGUAAUGAAAUUGGCGGGGGGUCAGUGAGAGUACAUAAUGCAGAUCUUCAAGAAAAGCUUUUGCAAAUGCUAAAUAUAGAUGCGAGUAAAUUAAUGCAUUUUAUAAAUGCAUUACGGAGUGGUUGUCCACCGCAUGCAGGGAUUGCGUUAGGCAUUGAUCGUUUGAUGACAAUAGCUUGUGAUGCAGACUCAAUCAGGGAUGUUAUAGCAUUUCCUAAGUCUCAUGAAGGCAAAGAUCCUUUGUCUGGUGCACCUAAUUUUAUUACCGAAGAUGAUAAAAAAUAUUAUCAUAUAAAUAUUAUUAAGUAAUAUUGAUUAAUAAAAUGUGACAAGUAUA